CAGAAACCCAUACACAAAAACAAAAUUAACACAUCAGCCUUCCAUCACAGAAGAGAAUUCCUUUGCAUUCUAACAAACUGCCAUCUGUUUUCUGUCAUCAACCCUUUUCCUCCUCUUAUUUGUGUUCCAAAUUUUCCCUGGGAAAGAAUCCAAAACCACUUCUUAUUAUGUUAGACUAGAGCUAAAAGAGUUCCAUUUCCUUUAACCCCAUUUGCAAAAUUGUACCUUCUGUUUUAGAGAAUUAGGAACAAAAAAAGGGAAAAAUGGCAAUUUGUACAGUAUACACAACACAAUCUUUGAAUUCAACAUGCUCAAUCUACACACCAUCAACAACAAAAACCCAAUUGAGUUUUCAUCAAAAGCAACUGGUUUUGUUCAGUAGCAGCAAGAGAAGUAGAAGCAAGAGAGGUGGAAGCAACACGUGUGUUAUCACAUGCGCAGCCGGCCAUUCAGAGACGGUUGUAAUCGGAUUGGCGGCUGACUCCGGCUGUGGAAAGAGCACCUUCAUGAGGAGGUUAACGAGUGUUUUUGGCGGAGCAGCUGAGCCACCCAAGGGCGGCAACCCCGACUCUAACACGCUCAUCAGUGACACCACCACUGUCAUUUGUUUAGAUGAUUUUCAUUCUCUUGAUAGAACCGGAAGAAAAGAGAAGGGCGUCACGGCUCUUGACCCUCGCGCCAACAAUUUCGAUCUCAUGUAUGAGCAAGUUAAAGCUUUAAAGGAGGGCGUUGCGGUUGAAAAGCCUAUUUAUAAUCAUGUCACUGGUCUGUUGGAUCCUCCUGAGCUCAUCAAACCUCCAAAGAUUCUUGUCAUUGAAGGUUUGCAUCCAAUGUUUGAUCAACGUGUGAGAGACCUCUUGGACUUCAGUAUCUACUUGGACAUUAGCAAUGAAGUUAAAUUUGCAUGGAAAAUUCAGAGGGACAUGGCAGAGCGUGGACACAGUCUGGAGAGCAUCAAAGCUAGUAUCGAAGCUCGAAAGCCAGACUUCGAUGCUUAUAUAGAUCCACAAAAGCAAUAUGCUGAUGCAGUUAUUGAAGUGCUACCGACUCAGCUGAUUCCGGACGACAAUGAAGGAAAGGUUUUGAGAGUUAGGUUGAUAAUGAAAGAAGGAGUGAAAUUUUUCAGCCCGGUUUAUCUGUUUGAUGAUGGCUCCACUAUCUCAUGGAUACCCUGUGGAAGGAAACUUACUUGCUCAUACCCUGGCAUCAAAUUCUUAUAUUGCCCCGAAACUUAUUUUGGCCAUGAGGUUUCUGUUCUGGAGAUGGAUGGGCAAUUCGAUAGAUUAGAUGAGCUCAUUUAUGUCGAAAGCCAUCUAAGCAACAUAUCUACCAAGUUCUAUGGAGAAGUCACCCAACAAAUGUUGAAACAUGCUGAUUUCCCUGGCAGUAACAAUGGAACAGGUCUCUUCCAAACCAUUGUUGGUCUGAAAAUAAGAGAUCUCUUUGAACAAAUCAUCGCCAGCAAGGCUGUGGCUCCUGCACAAGCAACUAAAGUUUAAAAGGGACUGCCUUGCAUAUAGAACAAGGCACUGAGGUUCUUUAAACCAUCUUCCUAUUCCACAUUUUCUUUUCUCCUUUUUUUCUCUAUUUUCAAAUCCCUUCUAGCUUCGAUUGAGUGUUAGGCCAUUCCUCAUAAGACACUCAUAUAUAUAUAUAUAUAUAUAUAUAUAUUUGUUCCUGUUAUAGUCUUUGGAGACUUGUUAAUAUAAGAGAAUCAAAAGCAGAAAUCGAAUUCAUAGAAAUUAGGAAUCUUUUUCUUACCUUUUAUAUAUUAUUUGAUAAGUUCCAUUA